AAUGUCUAACGUUUCUCCAACUUACAAAUCUUAAUUUCGUAAAAACAUCAUCCCAACAAAGAAAGAGAGAGAAUAAAUAGAGAAAGAGAAAAUGUGUAGAGGCGUGAAUGAAGAAGAGAACAGAAGCGUCCACGGAGGUUGCCGGAGUCUCUGCACGAGACCAAGUGUUCCGGUUAGGUGUGAGCUUUGCGGCAGUGAUGCCUCCGUGUUUUGUGAGGCGGACUCGGCUUUCCUCUGUAGGAAGUGCGACCGGUGGGUUCAUGGAGCUAAUUUUCUUGCUUGGAGACAUGUGAGGCGUGUGUUAUGCACUGCAUGUCAGAAGCUCACACGCAAGUGCCUCGUCGGAGACAACUACCACCUUGUAUUACCGUUGGCGACGGCAGGAGUAGCAGCCGUGGAAGAUACGACACGGAGUGAACAAGAUAGUAACGAUGACGAGGUUCCGUUUGUAUUUCUCUGAUUUAGUUUUUUUUUUCUUUUUUUGGUGUAAGAUAUUAAUUAAUUCCUAGGGUUUUAUGCAUUUUUCUAUUAAGAAAAAAACUGGGAAUUUAAUUUAUGAAGCUCGUAAUUAGAAUAUUAUGAAAUGUGUAUUGUCUAAAAAUAGCAAAAAGAAAAAAUCUGCAACUAAUAGGAAAGGAAGAAGAAUUUUUUUCUUCAAAUCAGAAAUAAAAUUACCAGACUCAAAGUUCAAGCAAAGAACCAAUCGAACUGUGGAGCCUCCUCUGGUACAAAGAGAAUAAAGAGUUUGUUUGUUGGUUUAUCUGCGUUUUUGUCUUUCAUACUUUUUAUACUUAUCAUUUUUGUAACAUCCCGAGUUGUGAUAGGUGAAAAGGCUUAAGAGAAUUGAUUUGGCUACCUAUGUCAUCAAAGUUGACUUACUUUUUCCGGAGCACAUCCUAACAAAACUCCAGAGUUAAGCGUGCUUGAGCUGGAGUAGUGGAAGGAUGGGUGACCUAUCGGGAAGUGAUUUGUGAUAGCGUGUGAGUGAGGCCAAAGCACGGGAAAAUGUCGGGUGGUGAUUGCAGGGUCAGUAAACAAUAAUUUCGAGCCUUGGAAAAUUAACGACCGACCGUCAGAUGGAAUGGGGCCCACGGGUCGAAAGAGCGGGCGUGGGUGGUUCAUUAGCCGUGGGCGGUCGGAGCGUUACAAGUGGUAUCAGAGCUGGUUAGCCGUCUCAGUUCUGACCUGAGAGGCGUCUUGAGACUUGUCGUGGGGCGAGGACGUUGCGUCUUUUGAGAGAGGGUGAAUUGUAACAUCCCGAAUUGUGAUAUGUGAAAAGGCUUAAGAGAAUUGAUUUGGCUAUCUAUGUCACCAAAGUUGACUUACC